GAAACAGACUGCCCAAACACAGAGCGAUAAAAGAAGUAAAACAACCAACAUAAGAAUGCAGGGAGACAAGAAUCCCAUGUAUAUGGAGCAGUCUCUAGAGAAUGGGCAAAUUCCUCAGGACAUAGAUGACGAUGGUCGAGAGAAGAGAAUCGGGACGUUGGUGACGGGAAGUGCACACAUAAUAACGGCCGUGAUAGGGUCGGGGGUGCUAUCGUUGGCAUGGGCUAUAGCUCAGCUCGGUUGGGUCGCCGGUCCGGCCGUUCUCACGGCGUUUUCUUUCAUCACCUACUUCACCUCCACCUUGCUCGCCGACUGCUACCGCUUUCCCGGCCCUGCCGCCGGCAAGAGGAAUUACACUUACAUGGACGUCGUCCGAUCUCACCUCGGAGGAGCAAAGGUGACACUCUGUGGGCUGGCGCAGUAUACAAAUCUCAUAGGAGUUACUAUUGGGUACACUAUCACUGCCUCUAUAAGCAUGGUGGCUGUGAAGAAGUCAAAUUGCUAUCACAAAAACGGGCAUGGAGCUGCAUGCGGGGUAUCGAACUACCCAUAUAUGAUAAUAUUUGCAGCAAUCGAGAUUGUUCUGAGCCAGAUACCCAAUUUCCAUGAGCUCUCAUGGCUUUCUAUUUUAGCAGCUGCCAUGUCUUUUGCUUACUCAUCUAUUGGCCUUGCCCUCUCCAUUGCCAAAAUUGCAGGUAACGGGCAGAAAGUAAAGACAACCCUAACGGGAGUGACUAUCGGAGUAGAUGUGUCAGGAAGUGAGAAAGUAUGGAGAACCUUCCAAGCCAUUGGUGACAUUGCCUUUGCUUAUGCUUACUCAACCGUCCUCAUCGAGAUACAGGACACAUUGAGAGCACACCCACCAGAAAACAAGGUAAUGAAGAAAGCCUCUCGAAUUGGUGUUUCCACAACAACCUUAUUCUACGUUCUAUGCGGCUGCGUUGGAUAUGCGGCAUUUGGGAACGAUGCUCCUGGGAACUUCCUCACUGGUUUCGGCUUCUACGAACCCUUUUGGCUAAUCGACUUCGCCAACAUUUGCAUCGCCAUUCAUCUUAUUGGAGCUUAUCAGGUUUUCUGUCAACCAGUAUUCAGCGUUGUGGAGUCGAGUUGCAACCGUCGAUGGCAGGACAACAAAUUCAUAACGACCGAGCAUUCCAUGAAGGUUCCUUACUUUGGCACUUACUCCAUCAACUUCUUUAGACUUGUCUGGAGGACGUGCUAUGUUAUAGUCACGGCCGUGGUAGCGAUGAUAUUCCCUUUCUUCAAUGACUUCUUGGGGUUGCUCGGGGCAGCCUCGUUCUAUCCUCUCACCGUCUACUUCCCCAUUGAGAUGCACAUCGCCCAGGCAAAGAUCCCCAAGUAUUCAUUUCGAUGGGUAUGGUUGAAAAUCUUGAGCUGGACUUGUUUGAUUGUAUCGCUUGUUGCUGCCGCUGGAUCAAUUCAAGGCCUUGCAUCUGAUGUCAAGACAUACAAACCUUUCAAGUCCAAAUGAGUAACUAUUGUAACUUCUAUUAAACUAUGAAAUUGUAAUAUUUUUAAAUAAAGAACUAGUUAAAUAGUAGUCAAUGGGUCAUGUGUAGUUAUGCAAUGUGAAAUUUAUGGAACAGAACAGAACUAGUUAAUUAGUAGUACCGAGUAGGUGAGUAUGCAAGAAUUUGAAGAAGUGGAAUGUGGCAUGUGAAGGUUCUCUUAUUUAAUUAGUAAGAAAGAUCUUAAAAAGGUAUCAAAUACUUCAUAUGAUU